AUGUCUAAUAAACAAGCACUUAACGUAAAAGAUGCCCUGUCAUAUCUGGAUCAAGUCAAAAUUCAAUUCUCUGACAACCCAGAUGUUUACAACAGGUUUCUUGACAUUAUGAAAGAUUUCAAAAGUCAAGCGAUCGAUACUCCCGGAGUUAUUGAGCGAGUUUCAACUUUGUUUAAAGGACAUCCGGCUUUGAUUCAGGGAUUCAAUACCUUUUUACCUCCUGGAUAUCAUAUUGAGUGUUCUACGAACCCUCACGACCCCGACUCCAUAAAAGUCACAACACCUCAUGGAACAACUACUUCUACUAUAGGGCCUUUAGAUUCUCAUCAUUUACAAUCAGCAGUAAAUAAUUUAAGUGGAACAAGUUAUCAUUUAUACACUCACCAGCCACCUUCUUCUUUGUUGCCAUCGUUAUCGCCGCAUCAACAAGGACCUUCUUUGCAAUCACAACCGGUCUAUCAUAUUGGUUCACCACAGCAGUCGGUAGGACAAUCAUCUGGUCAAUCAACUUCACAAGCAGUUGGACAAUCAGUUGGUAUUAGCGCUGCGGGAGGUUCGUCUCCAAAUGCUCAACAAGGUAAUGGUAGAAAAGGUCCCGUCGAAUUCAAUCAUGCGAUUAAUUAUGUUAAUAAGAUAAAGAAUCGGUUUUCGACGGAUCCCGAUACAUAUAAGCAAUUCUUAGAAAUCUUACAAACUUAUCAAAAAGAGCAAAAACCAAUCCAAGAGGUAUAUGCACAAGUUCAAGUUCUUUUCAAGAAUGCACCAGAUCUUCUGGACGAAUUUAAGCAAUUCCUUCCAGAUAAUUCCGGUAAUUUUCCUUCUGGUAGUUUAUUUGGUGCCUUAUCUCAAAGCCAUGGCACACAUAAACCAUCGCAUCUAAUACCUGCUAUUAAUGCUUUGACAAAUGGAGUUUCUGGUCUUGGGACAGGCAGAUUACCACCAGUUGGUAAUUUUCCACCGUCUCAAUCAGUUUCUUCGAUGUCUAAUGAUACAUACAAAAAGUCAUCAACAGGAGUAUCAAAUUUAUCGGUUAAUAAUUCUUCAGGGCAAACUGUUGGAUCUGGUUCUAUAGGAUCUUCGAGUAUAUCCAAAAAGAAACGGUCAGUUCUUCCCGGUUCCGAUAGAAGUCCUAAUAACAUAUUAUCGAGCAAGUCAAAAAAGUCGAAGUUAAUGCAUAAACCGUCUAAUGAUCAAGUUCAGGCCGGUUCAUCGUUAUUACCGGUUAAAACUGAACCUUCAAAGAUAUCGGAUAAACAGCCGGCUGCUUCAUCUGAGGAACUGAUGUUUUUUGAAAAAGUCAAAAAGCAUAUCGCAAAUAAGCACAGUUACAAUGAAUUUCUCAAACUUAUCAAUCUUUAUAGUCAACAAAUCUUAGACACAUAUUCGCUUGUUAAAAAAGUACAGAACUUCAUAGGGCAAAGCGUUGAGUUAUUUGAAUGGUUCAAGAACUUUGUCAAAUAUGAUGAGAAAGAUGAUAUAGUACAAAACACAGCAAAUUCUAGACCACGUGUGGAUCUAGAAGGAUGUAUUUCAUAUGGUCCUAGUUAUCGUCAAUUACCGCUAUCAGUAAAUGAACUAUGUUGGGAGGUUUUGAAUGAUAAAUGGGUAUCACAUCCCACAUGGGCCAGUGAAGAGGCCGGAUUCGUUUCACAUAAAAAGAACCAAUUUGAAGAAGCACUUCAUAAAUGUGAAGAGGAAAGGUAUGAAUAUGAUAUGUUCAUUGAAGCAAAUCAACACACCAUUGCUUUAUUGGAACCCAUUGAGAGAAAAAUACUAUACAAAAUGUCAUCCGAAGAGAAGUCAAAGUUCAAAUUGGAAUCUGGCUUAGGCGGAAAGUCAAUGAUUUAUCAGAGGGUGAUUAAGAGAGUUUAUGAUUUUGAUAAGGGUGCAGAUGUGAUCGAUGCAUUACACAAUAAUCCAGCUACGGUAGUCCCCGUUGUUUUAAAGCGAUUGAAGCAGAAAGAUGAGGAAUGGAAACGCGCUAGGAGAGAAUGGAAUAAAAUAUGGCGUGAAAUCGAUGCCAAAAAUUAUUAUAAGUCUCUUGACCAUCAAGGUAUCACAUUUAAGAAUGACGAUAAGAAAGCACUCACUCCUAAAUAUUUGAUAGCAGAAAUAGAAAAUCUUCGUCGUGAACCUAAUGAUGAAGGAGAAAUGCCAGAAUAUCAAUUUAAGUUCCCCUUUAAAGAUCUUGAAGUAUUCAAGGAUGUGGCUCGGAUUUUAUUUGGAUAUAUGGAUCGUUCCGGAACUGUGGUACCAAGUGAUAGGGAAAAAAUAGAAAAAUUUUUUAAAACAUUUAUUCCCAGUUUCUUUGAUGUACCAGCAUCUUUUUUUGAUGGGAUGAAUCAUGAAGAUUCGGCUAUGCUUGUUGAUCAUGAAGAACCUGUUGUAAACGUGCCUAUGUCAAUAGAUAAUGCUGAUGUUGAUAUUGAUAAUGGUCCAUUAUCUUCAGAACCAAUAAGUGGUAUGUGGAUUCAGGUCUCUAAAGAAUCACGUGAAAACAUUAGAGCUGUAGUAGCUAAUGCUGGCAAUGGAAGACUUAAAAAAAAGUCUACGAGUUACUUUUUUGGAAAUAAUGCAUUUUAUUGUUUCUUCAGGUUCUUGCAGAUGUUAUUCAGUCGACUUGAGCAGAUGAAGGAAGGAGCUCAAGAGAAAGCAUCAAAUUCUUUAAAUAAGGCACAAAAUGACGCUGCGACUGAUUUGGGUAUUCAAAACAAUCGACUUGAUCCCGAAAUUGAUAUGGAUUUGAAUCACGGCGAUCCUUAUACUGUGAUGAUUGAGCUUAUUGAAAAACAAUUUGAUGGUGAUAUGGAAUUGCCAACAUUUGAGGAAAGUCUACGUUAUAUAUACGGUACAAAAGCCUACAUAAUGUUCACCGUAGAUAAGCUUGUUCAAAACAUGACUAAACAAAUGCAAAUGUUGGUUUCAGACGCGAAAUCAAAUACUCUAAUCAAUUUAUUUGAGAAUAAUAAGCAACAACAAGAACAAUCGAGUGUCAGAUCACAUAUUAUGUACCAGUUACACGCUAAUAACACAAUUGGAUAUGAUGAACAUACAUAUCGAAUCGAUUACGACAAAGAAGGAAAUUUUUUGACUAUAUUAUUAUCCGGUCGUGACUAUACGCUGGGCAGCGCAGUAUCUUCAGAGGAAAAGUGGGCCUACUAUAUGUAUAGUUACAUGUCUUUAAAUCCUACUGAAGGCGUUUCGGCUAAAACAGACCGUCCAUUUUUAAAGAGAAAUUUGCCAUCCGUUGAAGGGUCCGAGCGAAUAUUGCCAAACGUUUUAACGCGAAAUGGAUUGGAAAUUAAGAUAUGCAUUAAUUCAUAUCAUGUUUUCUUCGUUAAUAAUACAGAAGAUAGUUUCAGACGUUUAAGUCCUUCGGUAUCACCCACAAAAUUACGACAUGAUACACUUCGACGAAAAGAUUUAUGGAAUCGUUGGUUGGGAUCACGAAAUGAUACCGACAGUAUGGAAAUGUAG